GACGCUCGGGGCUGGAGCUCACCGGACGGGUCGCUCUGGCUCUCCGGGGAGAGGAGCCUCCCGGCUCUGGGGAAGGCGCGAGUCCCGUGGGAGACCCCGGGAAGCGCCGCACGCUCGAGAGGGACGGCCGGGCUCCCCCGGCCCGCUGCGAGCUCAGCGCAGGGCUCCCCUCCUUUCCACCUGGCGAGGGAGGGAGGCAGGGAAGGAGGGGAGGAGAAGGGACCGAAGAGGACUCGGAAUGGCCCGGCGAGGGGGACUUGGGCGCUGCUUUUCCCAAGAGCUGCCCCCGCUCCUACGGCUGCUGCGAGGGCUGGCCUGAGCAGGGGCUCCAGGCUCUCCCAGCACCAGCCAAGGCGGCCCCCCGGGGCCGGGACAGCGGCGCCGGCAUGUCGUCCGACACCAUGAAGUUCAAUGGCUACUUAAGGGUCCGCAUCGGCGAGGCAGUGGGUCUGCAGCCCACCCGCUGGUCCCUGCGCCACUCGCUCUUCAAGAAGGGCUACCAACUGCUGGAUCCCUACCUGACAGUGAGUGUGGACCAGGUGCGCGUGGGUCAGACCAGCACCAAGCAGAAGACCAACAAACCCACGUACAAUGAAGAGUUCUGCACCAACGUCACCGACGGCGGCCACCUAGAGCUGGCCGUCUUCCACGAGACGCCCCUGGGCUACGACCACUUUGUGGCCAAUUGCACCUUGCAAUUCCAUGAGCUGCUGCGCACCGCCGGCGCCUCGGACACCUUUGAGGGCUGGGUGGAUCUGGAGCCAGAAGGGAAAGUGUUUGUAGUAAUAACCCUCACAGGGAGUUUCACUGAAGCUACUCUCCAGAGAGACCGAAUCUUCAAACAUUUUACCAGGAAGCGCCAAAGGGCCAUGCGAAGGCGGGUCCACCAGAUCAACGGACACAAGUUCAUGGCCACUUACCUGAGGCAGCCCACCUACUGCUCGCACUGCAGGGAGUUUAUCUGGGGAGUAUUUGGGAAACAGGGUUAUCAAUGCCAAGUGUGCACCUGUGUGGUCCAUAAGCGCUGCCAUCAUCUCAUUGUCACAGCCUGCACUUGCCAGAACAACAUUAACAAAGUGGAUGCAAAGCUCGCUGAACAGAGGUUCGGAAUCAAUAUCCCGCACAAGUUCAGCAUCCACAACUACAAAGUGCCAACAUUCUGCGAUCACUGUGGCUCCCUGCUCUGGGGGAUAAUGCGACAAGGACUUCAGUGUAAAAUGUGCAAAAUGAACGUGCACAUUCGGUGCCAGGCGAACGUGGCCCCCAACUGUGGGGUGAACGCGGUGGAGCUGGCCAAGACUCUGGCUGGGAUGGGCCUCCAACCGGGAAAUAUUUCUCCAACCUCGAAGCUCGUUUCCAGAUCGACCCUAAGACGACAGGGAAAAGAGAGCACCAAAGAAGGAAAUGGGGUUGGAGUUCAUUCUUCCAACCGACUUGGUAUUGAUAACUUCGAGUUCAUCCGAGUGUUGGGAAAGGGGAGCUUUGGGAAGGUGAUGCUGGCAAGAACAAAAGCAACGGGAGAACUCUAUGCUGUGAAGGUGCUGAAGAAGGACGUGAUCCUGCAGGACGACGACGUGGAGUGCACCAUGACGGAGAAGCGCAUCCUGUCCUUGGCCCGCAACCACCCCUUCCUCACCCAGCUGUUCUGCUGCUUUCAGACUCCUGAUCGUCUGUUUUUUGUGAUGGAGUUUGUGAAUGGGGGCGACUUGAUGUUCCACAUUCAGAAGUCCCGUCGCUUCGAUGAAGCACGAGCUCGCUUCUAUGCUGCAGAAAUCAUUUCGGCGCUCAUGUUCCUGCACGAGAAAGGCAUCAUCUACAGAGAUCUGAAACUGGACAACGUGCUAUUGGACCACGAGGGCCACUGUAAGCUGGCAGACUUCGGAAUGUGCAAGGAGGGGAUCUGUAACGGAGUCACCACAGCGACCUUCUGUGGCACGCCCGACUACAUUGCCCCAGAGAUCCUCCAGGAAAUGCUCUACGGGCCCGCGGUAGAUUGGUGGGCAAUGGGCGUGUUGCUCUAUGAGAUGCUUUGUGGUCACGCGCCCUUCGAGGCAGAGAAUGAAGAUGACCUCUUCGAGGCCAUACUGAACGACGAAGUGGUCUACCCUACUUGGCUCCAUGAAGAUGCCACAGGGAUCCUGAAAUCUUUCAUGACCAAGAACCCUACCAUGCGCUUGGGCAGCCUGACUCAGGGCGGUGAGCACGCCAUCUUAAGACAUCCUUUCUUUAAGGAAAUAGACUGGGCCCAGCUGAACCACCGCCAACUUGAACCACCUUUCAGACCCCGAAUCAAAUCCCGAGAAGACGUCAGUAAUUUUGACCCUGAUUUCAUAAAAGAAGAGCCAGUUUUAACGCCAAUUGAUGAGGGACAUCUUCCUAUGAUUAACCAGGAUGAGUUUAGAAACUUUUCCUUCGUGUCUCCAGAAUUACAACCUUAGCCCGAUGGGGAACAAGAGGGAUGGCAUGAGAAUCACAAGGGGACCCAGAUUUUCCAGGGAUUGUCCAUAGGGGGAAACUCCGCAGCAUCAGCCUUAGAACAAGAACAUGAACGUCAGGGAGAAGGGGGUGGACUCUGAAGACGGAACUUCAAGACAGCUGUUUCCAGUCCUGAGGGAGCCUUGCACGGAGCUGGCACUGACGUGAGAUUUCAUGAAGAAAUAGACUGUUCAGCUAUGAGAUUCCCUGGCUGUUUCGGGCUCAGGAUAUUAAGAGGAACCAAAAGGACGGUUGGUGUGAAGAAUAAACUAGAUCCUAGAAAAUAUUCUGGGGUAAACAGGCUUUUUGCUUCAAGUGACAAACCAAGACUUUGUACGGACCUGUCUGUGCUCUUCUUUAAGCCAAUGAGCUCCUAAUACCAGCAAGAGGUUGCCAAAUGCUAAUGAAGAAUCUAAGGAUAAGGAAAUGGAUGGCUUUCCAAAUAGAAAGCAGUAUGCAAAAAAUUCAUAACCUAAAGCCCAGUCUUGAAAGCAGAUGUUGGGCACGAAGACAACAUUCCAGUUUAUUCUCUUACCCUUAACCUUGAUAUUUAUUGAGUGCCCCAACAGAUGGUGCCACGAGGUUGAGGGCCCGGUGGCAUCGUGUAAACAGGUCUGCGUUCACCGAGCUUUCACUGUACUGUUCAUCAAUUUACCUGAAUGGUGUUUGCAUUGUGAGAUGCCUCUCCACACUGCAUAUGUCUCACUUGUUGUCUGCACUUAGCUCUUUCUCAAACAAGUCUCACUGCCACAGAAGCAACUAUCCACAGAAGCAGCAGGUGAACUAGAGGUGCUACCUGCCGACUCGUGAAAUCUCAUCGCGGGGCAACGUGUCCUUACUGCUCUGGGCUCCUCAGUGAAGAAUCGCACGCCACUCACGCCAGUGAGCAGACUUAUGGCUUACCCAUUAGCAGUUUAUUUAAAUUAUAUUUUAAGAGACAGUGAUGUUUGUUCCAUAAGCAUUUUAAUAAUUAGAAAGAGUGCUUGUAAACAGGACAUUUAUUAAAGAAGGACCGUAUAAUAUGUACCUA